CUGGUUUACAAUUUAGUAAAUGUUUGAGUAGGUAUUCAUCAGUUAACCCUUAUGACAGCAUUAUUAAUUUUGUUAACAUUUCUAACGUAGUUGAUAAGCAAGUGUUUUGUUGUGAUGCUAGUCCUGACUAUAACUCUCAAAUAGAACUUCCUGGCGACUUGUGUGGUGGCAUUUUAGGAGAUACCAUUUCCAUUAAUGCGGUAAUUGGGGAUUGUCCUGCUCCAAGUACAGUUAGUAAUGCAUUAACAACUAUUUCUCUCUUUGGUUGA